UCAGACGGGUUGAACGGGUUAUUGUGGCUGAACUUGCGUUGAGUGCUAGCAAACUCACAUUCUACUGCUAUGUUUCACAGAACAGGAAGUCUGAGGCUGAAUGAUGACCCUCCCCCGUCUGCAGACUGCGCUCAGGCUUUAGUGGCUCCACUGUCCGCGAGACUUGCGGCAAACAACGAUAACAAAGUGCAGGCAACUGAAGAAGCAGGUGCGAUCCAGAAAAGCGAACAAAUCCUUGAAACUAACAUCGACCAACUGGACAAGCGAUCAUCUCAGAGCGGCACCAAACCGUACACAGAUAUAAAUAGAUUCACAAAUUGUGUAGUCCAGUUAUACGACAUAUUCAAGAAACCCAAACAAGCUGUACUAGAUGAGAAACCAAGCGUGAGAAUCCACACUGCUGCCAAGCCUUACUCUUGUCAGAUAUUGAACUAUAAAUGUGCACCAACAAGUCGAAUAUUGAAACACAAGAUGACCCACCCUGGGGAAAAGGCAUUUUCUUGUGAUAUAUGUAAUUACAAAUUUGCGCAAAAAAAUAACUUAUUACAGCAUAUUAAAACCCACACUGGGGAAAAGCCAUUUUCUUGUGAGAUAUGCAACUACCAGUGUGUGCAAAAAUGUCAUUUAUUACGGCAUAUUAAAAUCCACACUGGGGAAAAGCCAUUUUCUUGUGAUAUAUGUAAUUACAAAUGUGCUCGAAAAGGUGAUUUAUUACGACAUAUUAAAACCCACACUGGGGAAAAGCCAUUUUCUUGUGAGGUAUGCAAUUACAAAUGUGCGCAUAAAAGUCAUUUAUCACAGCAUAUUAAAACCCACACUGGGGAAAAGCCAUUUUCUUGUGAGGUAUGCAAUUACAAAUUUGUGCAAAAAAGUAAUUUGUUACGGCAUAUUAAAAUCCACACUGGGGAAAAGCGAUUUUCUUGUGAUAUAUGUAAUUACAAAUUUGCGCAAAAAUAUAACUUAUUACAGCAUAUUAAAACCCACAUUGGGGAAAAGCCAUUUUCUUGUGAGAUAUGCAAUUACAAAUGUGCGCAUAAAAGUCAUUUAUCACAGCAUAUUAAAACCCACACUGGGGAAAAGCCAUUUUCUUGUGAGAUAUGCAAUUAUAAAUGUGCACGAAAAAGUCAUUUAUCAAAGCAUAUUAAAACCCACACUGGGGAAAAGCCAUUUUCUUGUGAGAUAUGCAAUUAUAAAUGUGCACAAAAAAGUCAUUUAUCACAGCAUAUUAAAACCCACACUGGGGAAAAGCCAUUUUCUUGUGAGAUAUGCAACUACAAAUGUGCAGGAAAAGGUUCUUUAUUAAGUCAUAUAAAAACCCACACUGGGGAAAAGCCAUUUUCUUGUGAGAUAUGCAAUUACAAAUGUGCGCAUAAAAGUAUUUUGUUACGGCAUAUUAAAACCCACACUGGGGAAAAGCCAUUUUCUUGUGAGAUAUGCAAUUAUAAAUGUGCACGAAAAAGUCAUUUAUCACGGCAUAUUAAAACCCACACUGGGGAAAAGCCAUUUUCUUGUGAGGUAUGCAAUUACAAAUGUGCGCAUAAAAGUCAUUUAUCACGGCAUAUUAAAACCCACACUGGGGAAAAGCCAUUUUCUUGUGAGGUAUGCAAUUACAAAUUUGUGCAAAAAAGUAAUUUGUUACGGCAUAUUAAAAUCCACACUGGGGAAAAGCGAUUUUCUUGUGAUAUAUGUAAUUACAAAUGUGCGCAUAAAAGUCAUUUAUCACAGCAUAUUAAAACCCACACUGGGGAAAAGCCAUUUUCUUGUGAGAUAUGCAAUUAUAAAUGUGCACGAAAAAGUCAUUUAUCACAGCAUAUUAAAACCCACACUGGGGAAAAGCCAUUUUCUUGUGAGAUAUGCAAUUAUAAAUGUGCACAAAAAAGUCAUUUAUCACAGCAUAUUAAAACCCACACUGGGGAAAAGCCAUUUUCUUGUGAGAUAUGCAACUACAAAUGUGCAGGAAAAGGUUCUUUAUUAAGUCAUAUAAAAACCCACACUGGGGAAAAGCCAUUUUCUUGUGAUAUAUGUAAUUACAAAUGUGCUCGAAAAAGUGAUUUAUUACGACAUAUUAAAACCCACACGGGGGAAAAGCCAUUUUCUUGUGAUAUAUGUAAUUACAAAUGUGCACAAAAAAGUAAGUUAUUAGUGCAUAUUUGUAUUGGCGGGGUUUCGACGGAACACCACGAAACGGUCAGGGGCCCAUAGCUAACCUAAGGGUCCCGUCGAAACAAAGAUCUACAGCGGCUUACGUUACACAGCGCAAAGAAUAUUUGCUAUAGGUUAAUUUUACACAAUGCGUACAACUUACCCGAUCUAAGCGCCAAUUGCCCGGCGACUUGCCUUCCCAGGAGGCAAGCUAGGAGGCGUAUUUGUGUAGGUAUGAGAAGUGGUAUGACUUUUGUGUAUAAAUGUAUCCCCCUAGGUCACCGAAACACUUAUUCGAACACAGUCCUUUGCAGACCGACAACAAUGCGACAGCAAAAACACGUCGCAGUUAUCAAAUAAUAGUAAUAAUAAAGCCUUUUAUUUCCACAUCAAUUUACAUUUCAAACGUUUGUUAAUAAGUUUAAAUUAUAAUUAUAUCUAUAUAUUUAUUCUAAUGUUAGUAUGGUUAGUUAUCGUCUUGUGAUGUGGAUCCCGUUCGGGUGAAGGCCUCCUCUUUCUUCUUCCAGUAAUCUCUAUCUUUUGCGAGAGACAUCCAGAGAUUAGACCAUUACCCUCUUUCCAAAAAGUUAUCAAAUAAAGCAGUCAAAAUAAAUUGGAACCCGGUUCGUUCCCGAGCACAAAGUCGCGACAAGACCACACGGCGUAGAUUUGACCCGCACAACCCCUCCAAAACGCGCGCGUUUCCGUCAUAUGCCGACGUCCAAAACAACCGAACAAAGUGAGCGUAGUUGCAAUCGACCGCCUCGUGUCAAUACCGAGUGACGUCCCACUCCCGCGCCGGUCCGCGGCGGCAAGUCGCUCUUCCGUUCGGUCGUCGACUCAUUCGCAACAUAGCGCCAUUCAAUCAGCGACGGCUGGCGUGAACAAUAUUAGAACCCACAAUAGCAAAUGUAAUAAAUAAUGAGCCAUGUGUAAGUGAAAUGUGCAGGUCUACACAAAAAGAAGGCUCUGAGUUGGUAGUAGUAAAGUAAAGUAACAAAGCGAUAAAGCUGCUCCCUAUACAUAUUGUAAACUUUCUAGUUAACAUUUUCAAUGUCCUCCUGGCAACUGCUUCUUCCCCAAUGCGUGGAAGGAACACACUCUCACAAGUAUCCACUUCUUACAUGUUUAUAAAUAUGUUGUUGCAAUUUAAUUUCCUAAUACAAAUAUGUUAUGUACUUGAUGUUGUCCUGAGCCUAAGGAUGGCUGGUAGUUAUCGUUACAAUGCGAUAAGGCCGCCUUUUGUAAAGAUUUUCCAUGUAUUUCUGUUUUAUUUGCCUUUAAAUUUUUGUAGAGUGCAAAACAUAAAUAAAGAUCUAAAAAUUUAAAUGAAAAAAUAACAGACAUAAUAUACCUACUUAAAUUUAUAUACAUAUUUAUUUAUGUUGCAUUUAUAUCUCAGUUUACAAUCAUCUAUUUAUUUAAUUAGUCCGCCAUAUUGAAUCUAUACUAUAGUACGCGCGUUAACAACUGAGUCUUAGGGCCAUAAAUCAUUUCUCUAUAUCUAUCUCGCUUGCACUUAUGGGUCUUAUGGAGCCGUCUAGUGAAGGGUGUAACAAUGAAAGACAUAUUAUCGAUAAGUAAAGUUUAUUAUCGUAUCUUGUUCACAAAAUUAAAAAAAUUAACAAUAUUUGAUUUAAUAUAAUACAUAUUUCAUAUUAUAUAAUUAUUAACUAAAUAAAAUUAAAAGCUUGCGUUAUCGACAAUUAUAACUGAGGGCUCUUCAAGUAGAUUCAGGAAUUCGGAAAACCAUGCCAUAUAUGUUUCGCCAUCCAUUUCUGUGUGGUAAUCAGCAUCCUUUGAUUUCACCGCUUUAAAUAUUAGCUUCGCAUCUGGAACGAAGCCAGUCCUUGCAGAACCCGCAUGGCAAACUAUUAAUCUUUGGCCUUUUCCCACAGGCUGAUUCUUGAAACCUCCUUCAUCGUUGCUUCCAAGCCACAUCCUCUUUCUUGCAUGGUUUUGAUUAAUCCAUGUUUCGUCUAGAUAGAAACGUGGUCGCUGAUCGUUAGUUCUUCUAAGUAAAUCCAAUUUCCUUAAAAAGUCCAUUCUAGCACAAACAAUAUCAGUUCUUUCCAUUAAAUAUUUACGUCCUUCGCUAUUUUUCUUAUACUGGAACCCAACCUCCUUCAGUAGUAUUCUCAUUGAAGUGUUGCCGCAUUUAAAAUCGGGUAAUUGUUCACGGAAUUUUUCUAAAAUUUUCGCCACGGAUGGAUACUCUCCAUUCUCAUAAAAUGAAGCUACAGUUCGCUUCAACACACUUUUAUCAAAAUCGUCAAUAUUAGUGACGGUUUGUGGUUUCUUAAAAUUUGUUCUUGGUAUACAGGUACUGCCUGAUUGUGAUACUUCCGUCUUGAUUCGGUCCACUGUCGCUCUGCUCACACCACAAACAAAUGCGGCCAUUUCACGUGGUUUGUUGAAAUUUAGAGAAGCCACUUUAUUCGGAUCACUUUUCAAUUCAUUGAGAAACAGGAAUACGUUGUGAAUCAGUGUUCGAGCUUGAGGGCUAAUAUCGCCAUGUAAUUUCUUCAGAUCAACGUUAGAAAAUAAAGUAUCCAUAGUGCGCAACGAGUAACACAUGAAUGUAUUUAUUUAAUUGCAGUAAACACAUUUAUAGCAAAAAAAAUACGCAAUGCAAUUACAUUAGAAACCGACCAAUCAGAAUCGUCCAAAUCAUUAUUGACUCAUCAUUAGCACGUGCGCAGGUAGCCGUUUAUCGAUAAUUAGGGUGCGCAGGUAGGCGCGCUGCACAUUCCUAUCUUUUUUGACUUUUAUGACCGGACGACUCAGAUGAUAACGCGCAUACUAUAAUAACUAGCGGACGCCCGAUACUUCGUCCGCGUAAAUUUCGAUGUCAACUUUACUACUACCCCUGGCCUACCCUACCCCUACCCUACCACUACCCCAACCCUACCCCUACCCUACCCAACCCCUACCUCUACCCUACCCCCACUCGACCCCUACCCUACCCCUAAUCUACCCCUACCUUACCUACACCUUACCCCCAUCCUACCCCAGGACUGAUUUGGAAAAUUGUUUUACCAAUAGAAAGCUACGUUAUUUGCGAGUGUUAUAGGCUAUGUUUGAUCCCCAUAUUCACACGGGAACAGGAACUACGUAAAUGAAAGCGCGGGGCGUCAUAUAGCGGAUUUUCUGCGUCUUUUAGAAAUUUUGUAUUAUCUCCGAAACUAUUUAACUAAUUAACAUACUGUAAAGGGCAAAUCUUAUCUCCAUAAUAUCCUUGUGAUUAUUAAAUAAUUUAUUUUAAUAAGGAUUUUAGUUUAGUUUGUUUAGUUGUAUAAAUAAUGACGUAAACCUAAGUAUAUAAAAUUAAUAAUUUUUAAAACACAAAAGGUACUAUAUCUGCUAAUAUAUAGAAGAUAGAUAUAUGGUGUCGCGGACUUUUUUGUAGAACUUUUAAAGAUACAUAAAGCCUCCAUACAUUAAUUUCAAUUUUACACAAUGGUUAAGGCAGCGCAUGCGAAUAAGUCUGUUUAAGAGGAUUUUCAGUUCGAGUAUGUAUGACAAAAACUGUGUUAACUCGGCUAAUAUAUAUGAUACCUAUAUAAAAUAUAGCUUAUAGCACUCCCCGAUAAUGUAGCAUUCUACUGGUGAAAGAAUUUUUGAAAUCUGACCAGUAGUUCCGAAGAUUACCCCAUUUAAAGAAUGUUACAAACUUACAAACUUUACCUCUUUAUAAUAUUAGUAUAGAUAUGAAGAGGUAAAGUAUGUGAGGUUGAGGUUGAGGUUGAUUUUGAAAAAAAAAUAGUUUCUGCUACUUUAGAAUACCGUCGUUUGGUGAACUACGCGAUGUCAUCAUAUAACUGUUUCUAAUGUAUAACUUACCUAUUUAUUAUUAUAAAGAUGUACUGACUACUUGUUGAUAUAAUCAGGAAAUAUAUGUUUUCAAUUCAAAUA